AUGCAGUUGAACUACAUUUUCGCCCUCCUUGGGCUUGUUGGUGCUACUAUUGCUGCUCCUGUGGCUGGCACUGAGACUGGUAUCGGUUCUGGCCUUGGCGGCGGUAGCGGUGGAGGUGCAGGAGGGGGAGGUGGUGUUGGCGGCGGGGCAGGCUUCGGUGCUGGCCUUGGUGUCGGUAUUGGCGGAGGAAUUGGCGGAGGCGCUGGUGGUGGUGCAGGUGGUGGUGCAGGUGGUGGUGCAGGAGGUGGUUCUGGCGCUGGCCUCGGUGCUGGAGCUGGCUCGGGCGGUGGUAUCGGCGGCGGCGCUGGAAGGGGCGGUGGUGCAGGAGGUGGUGCAGGAGGUGGCGACAGCGACUGGUGA